AUGAAUGUGAUCAGACUUCAAAGGAAGUACCCGCAGUUUGAGCAGGGUGAGAUUUUUUCUCUCCAGGACGCGUUCCGGAAGUUAGAUGUGGACGACAAAGGGUAUCUAGAUGAGGGCACGGUGAUCAAAGCCACUCAGCAAUCAGAGCGUCAACCCUACGACGCGGUGCGACAAACACUAAAAGAGGUUGAGCUUGACAGCUCACGUCGAGUGGAACUUGAAGAUUAUGUUGAUCUCAUUGCCAAACUUCGCUCCGGCUCGGCACAAGGCGCACCUGUUCGGGACCCGGUUUCUGCGGCUGCCCCCAAUGCACCACGGCACGCUUCGAAAGGUAGUGUAGGAGGGAAAAUUCAUGUCCAAGGUUCCUCCUCGAAUGUGACGCAUACAAUCAAUGAAGAUGAGAGGACUGAAUUCACGAGGCAUAUCAAUGCUGUUCUCUCAGGUGAUCCGGACAUUGGACACCUUCUACCCUUUCCUACCGAUACUUUCGAAAUGUUCGAUAAAUGCAAAGAUGGGUUGGUUCUGGCCAAACUGAUCAAUGACAGCGUUCCGGAUACGAUCGACGAGCGCGUCUUGAAUAAGUCUGGCAGGAAAAUAAAGGAGCUUAAUGCUUUCCACAUGACUGAAAACAACAACAUUGUCAUCAACUCGGCUAAGGGGAUCGGGUGUUCGGUCGUGAACAUCGGAAGCGGCGACAUCAUAGAAGUGCGAGAACAUCUUAUCCUAGGCUUGAUUUGGCAAAUUAUUCGCCGCGGCCUGCUGGGGAAAAUUGACAUCAAACUCCACCCCGAGCUGUACAGGCUUCUUGAAGAAGACGAGACAUUGGAGCAAUUCCUACGUCUUCCUCCUGAGCAGAUCUUGCUGCGCUGGUUCAAUUACCACUUGAAGAACGCGCAAUGGCCGCGAAGGGUUACAAAUUUCUCCACCGAUGUGAAAGACGGCGAGAAUUACACCGUCCUCCUAAAUCAAUUGGCACCUGAACUUUGUUCACGACAAUCGCUCGAGACUCGAGACCUACUACAACGUGCAGAGGAAGUGCUGACAAACGCGGAAAAGUUAAACUGUCGCAAAUUCUUGACUCCAACAUCACUUGUUGCAGGGAAUCCAAAACUUAAUCUUGCGUUUGUUGCUAAUCUAUUCAACACCAUCCCUGGUCUUGACCCGAUUACCGAGGAGGAAAAGCUGGAGGUUGAGGACUUUGAUGCCGAAGGGGAACGGGAGGCAAGAGUGUUUACCCUAUGGCUAAAUUCACUCGAUGUGCAGCCCGCCGUCAAUUCAUUGUUUGAUGACCUUCGCGAUGGAGCCAUCUUGAUGCAAGCAUACGACAAGGUUAUUCCUGGAAGUGUCAACUGGAGGCAUGUCAACAAACCGCCAGCAUCGGGACAAGAGAUGAUGCGCUUCAAGGCAGUGGAGAACACCAACUAUGCCAUCGAACUUGGUAAAUAUCAUGGUUUCUCCUUGGUGGGUGUGCAAGGAGCAGAUAUUACUGAUGGCCAACGGACCCUGACACUGGGCUUGGUGUGGCAGCUGAUGAGGCGGGAUAUCACUAACACUCUCUCGAGCCUGGCAAGUCGACUGGGCAAGCGCGAAAUUACCGACUCAGAAAUGAUCAAAUGGGGCAAUGACAUGUCUCGCAAAGGUGGUCGCAGCUCUUCCAUACGCAGUUUUAAGGAUCAGUCGAUUGGCUCCGGCGUGUUCCUGCUCGAUGUGCUUAACGGCAUGAAAGCCUCCUAUGUUGAUUAUGAUCUUGUAACUCCAGGCCAGACUGACGAACAAGCCUAUGCGAACGCAAAACUAAGCAUCAGUAUCGCACGCAAGCUAGGUGCAACUAUUUGGCUGGUGCCUGAGGAUAUCUGCCAGGUUCGAUCUCGUCUAGUGACUACCUUUAUCGGAUCUCUUAUGGCUACACACGAGAAAAUGUAG